AUGAAUGCUAAAGAUCUGUUUGAUAAGCUUCGGCGUUUUGAUGCUUAUCCAAAGACACUUGAAGAUUUUAGAAUCAAAACUUUUGGAGGGGCAGCAGUUACCGUGGUCAGCAGUGUUCUCAUGUUCAUUCUGUUUGUCUCUGAGCUGAACUAUUACUUGACUCUAGAAGUUCACCCGGAGCUGUUUGUAGAUACAUCCCGGGGACAGAAGCUGCGCAUCAACAUUGAUAUUGUUUUCCCCAAGAUGGCCUGUGAUUUCCUUUCCCUUGAUGCCAUGGAUGUAAGUGGAGACUCUCAGAUUGAUAUCCAUACAAAUUUAUUUAAGCAGAGACUGGACUUGAAUGGAUUACCUAUCAAUGAAGCACCAGAACAGCACAAACCAGGUGAAGGUAAACCGUCAACUGAUUUGGAAAUAGUGACUCAGCUAGAUCCCAGUCGCUGUGAAAGUUGUUAUGGUGCAGAGACUCCAGACCAGAAAUGCUGUAAUACUUGUGAUGAGGUCAGGGAAGCUUACAGGAAAAAAGGUUGGGCCUUUCAAGACCCCAACUCCAUCUUGCAGUGUCAGCGAGAAGGAUGGUCCAAAAAAAUCGAAGCCCAGAAGAAUGAAGGUUGUAAGCUGUUUGGAUACCUGGAAGUGAACAAGGUGGCUGGAAACUUCCAUAUUGCUCCAGGCAAAAGUUUUCAGCAAAAACAUGUUCACAUCCAUGAUAUGCAAACCUUCAGCGGACAAAAGUUUAACAUCACCCACAAAAUCAACCACCUGUCAUUUGGUCAUGAUUAUCCUGGCAUUAUCAACCCCCUGGAUAAUGUGUAUGAGCGGGUGGAUUCCA